GCAAAUCGCGAAUGCAAUGCAAUGCCUCGAAUGGCUUCCGGCGAACGAUAAAAAGCCGAGAUUUGCAGAAGGCGACGGGGUUUGGUGCCAAAAGAAGCCCACUUUGCUCUCCUCCCUUUUGCCGCCAGUCGCAAGGUUGCAUCUUCUUCCUCGCCGUUCUUCUUUUGCGGAUCUGAAGUCGUUCGUCUGAAAAGGCGGAAAAACCGAACUUGGGGGUCAAUAAUUCGGCCCUUCUGGUCGUCGAGCUCGUGAACGACGCUAAAGAUUCGAUUUUGAUCAAUUUCCUCAACCUGAUACUUGUUCUUGACAUCUCAUAUGCUUCUAAUCUGAAGAAGAAUAACUUUUUUUAUUCUUCUUCUUCAAGUAUAUAAUCGGAAAGGUUAAGGAUACUAGUUCCUGGAAGAUAUGUUGAAAGACAAGUCGGAGUUGAUCUCAUUUGUGCUAAAUGAUUCUUCCGGGCAAAGUUCGAGUUGGGAUUGCAUAAACUAUGGUCUCCUUGGAUCCUCAGGCAACAAGAAACUCCGAAAAGUAGACGACGUUGACGACGGCGAGCAAAGCAGAAUUGGGAACAAGCUUCCACAGCAUCCUGAAACCCCUAGUAUUGAUGAUGUGCAGCGCAAUUUAAGCUGCCGGGGCAAUGAUGCAGACUGUUCUAAUGAUUCAAGAAUGUUGAUCAACCCUCUUGGAAAGGACAUGACAAUGAACUGCCUUCUUCAUCUCUCCCGGUCUUAUUAUGGCACUGUGGCAGCCCUUAAUACUUCCUUCCGGUCACUGAUCCAAACUGGAGAACUAUACAAAGUUCGUCGCCAAAUGGGUAUCUCCGAGCACUGGAUAUAUUUCUCCUGCAGCCUCACUGAAUGGGAGGCAUAUGAUCCAUACCGCGGGUUAUGGUUUCGUCUUCCUCCAAUGCCUCCUACUGGAAGUUUCAUGAACUCUGAUAAGGAGUCCCUUGCUGUGGGCACUGAUCUCCUUGUUUUUGGUAAGGAGAUAAAUUCGCACAUUGUAAUGCGAUACAGCAUUUUGAGCAACUCUUGGUCUCGUGGAGUAGUAAUGAGCUCGCCUAGGUGCUUGUUUGCAUCGGCUAGUCUUGGAGGGAAGGCUAUUGUUGCUGGUGGCACGAGUGCUUGCGGUGAGGCACUUGACUCUGUGGAGCUUUAUGAUUCUGAGACAGAGAGGUGGGUGACCCUGCCGAGUAUGAUUAAAGCUCGGAGCAAGUGUUCGGGGGCUUUCAUGGAUGGUAAGUUCUAUGUCAUAGGCGGCAUGGAUGGUAACAAGAAGGUGCUCACGUGCGGGGAAGAGUACGACUUUGAGAGUUGCUCUUGGAGGUUCAUUUCUGAUAUGUCUGAUGGCCUCAAUGGUGCGUCCGGUGCACCUCCACUGCUUGCCGUGGUGAACAAUGUGCUCUAUGCAGCUCAUUAUGCUGACAAUGUCAAUGUGGUCAGGAAGUACGAUAAGGAAAGCAAUUCAUGGUCAACUCUCGGACAGUUACCCGAGCGAUCUGCUUCGGUUAAUGGUUGGGGGCUUGCAUUCCGUGCAUGUGGUGAAAAGCUGAUAGUUAUCGGAGGGCCAAGAGAAUAUCAUACAGGGAUAAUUGAGAUCAAUUCUUGGAUUCCAAACGAGAGAGAACCUGAAUGGAAGUUGAUGGUUAGGAAGGAAUCAGGCAACUUCGUUUACAAUUGUGCUGUCAUGAGCUGCUGAUUCCACUGAGCUUGUUAGAGCUUUCAUAAACAACAGCAUUCAAUUUGACAUUUGCCUUCUCCGAAGGUCGAAUUUCCUGGCAAAACAGUUAGCAUUUCUGCUGUCCAUUGAACGACCACAGAGGUUCGGUGGUACUGCCUCACAGUGAGUACCACCUCGAUUUAUUUCGCAUUUUAGAAGCAUGUUGGCUAUCUGAACGCGAUGGUAAUAUGUUCAGUUAAUAACUCGAGGCAAACAAAAUGCCCAGUUCAAGUAAGCCCGCCCUCAUAUAGAUCAAGUUUGUUUCGAUAAGAUAUUUUUCGGUGGCAUAUCUGAAGCGAAAAGGACAAGACUUCACCUGAUGUCGGUUUGCCUCGUGUAGUUUAAUUUCUCUGUUUCCAUGAAUAAUGUCCCCAAUGUGAAGCUUCACCAUACUAUGCAUACUUUACUCGUCACGACUACUUGUACGAUUCAACUUCUUGUGCGAUCUCAAGGUUUAUGUGUGGGUUACACAACUACUUUUAUUUUUCCUGGUGCAGUUGUUGUACAGAUCGAACAGGCAAGUUAAGGUUUUUAUCAAAGUCUUUUAACAUAGAA